AGCGUUUAUCCCGCACUUGGCUCCCGAGGGCCGCCGCCAGACGCGAUAACCCGCGGGUCCCCGCCUUUCCCAUUCGACCCUUCGCGCUGCAGGAUCUUCUAGGGCCAGCAGGGAGACAACCCGUUACCUUCCAAUGUUCCCCGCGAAAUUCACAUUCUCCGCAGGCUAUUUAACCAAAUUCACACAAUCCCAAUAUUGCCUUAGUCUUGCAUUUAUCUCUCUGAAGCCUUUAAAAUGGAAAACGUCCGGUAAAGCUGUAUCGUAGUGCGUGGCAUCGUCGCCGGGAUUCGAGUCCCAGUCCAGCGGCCCAACAGUGCAAGGCUGUCUCGGGGAGAGUGUUGGCUGUGAUUCCUCACAAAAAGGACCCAAAAUUAUGUACUUGGAUUUUGGUGACGUGGUGUACUGCACUGUUUCGACCACUCAAACAUUUCAUGAUGGGAAACACGAAAGAAUGUGAAGGGACAUUAGUUUCGAAAGCUAUGGUCAAAUGAUGGGAAGGAAAAGGAAUGCCUUGUGCGAGAGAAUUAUGAUUACUUGGGUGCAAGGACCCGUGAUAAGAAGGCUGGUCGGAUUGGCGUGUUUUAAGACCAAAUUGAGUGUUCUGGUCGCAGUUGGCGGAAGGCAGACCAAGUAAUGUUGGGCUAGAGGCAGCUGGCCAACGCAAGUACACCAUAGGGACAUCAGCGACACUACAAGCCUCAGCCAAGAUCAGUCAUUACAACUCAUAAUUCUGUCUAGAUUAAGAGUUGUUGCCGGCCAUUUGGAGCCUAAUAAUCGCUUGUCUCGCGCCAUCGUUCGAGGAUUACUACUGCUGUAAGUGCUACAAAGCGUUUGGAAGCAGUGCGUGAUAACCAACGUUUCAAAUCGGCAUUUUAAGAUCAAGUGCUCGAGUCAGUCCCUAAGAUAGCCUAAAGGUUUCAUUGAAAUUGUUAGCUGUAUUUGGCUGCACUUCCGAACACUUCGAACUCUGACAGACAUUGUUAACAAAGGACUUUUGAUCCUAUACUGCAGUCCAAGCGGAAGUCUGUUUCUUCAUCAAAAUGGCGUCUGGAGUCACUCUGGCCGACUCCUCUUUAUUACCAGUGCCAGAGCCGCUUACCAUUAAUGUCACUCCUUGCACUGACUUCCAAGGCCCACCAAAGGCCUACAGAAACCAGUCGAAUCCUCGAGGUGCUCUUUUCCUUGCGAAUUAUUGGAAGUUCUCUAAUCCGGAAAAGAAACCGAGGCUGGGUUCGGACUUGGAUUCGAAGCACAUACUCGAACUCUUUAGUCAGAUGGGUUACAGUGACAUUAAAGUGAUUCUGGAUGCCACGAGAAAGCAAACAUUGGCAGCACUUCAGCAGUUUAAUAGGGAGAAAAUACACAGCAAUGUCGACUCUCUGGUAGUGGUAUUCAUGAGCCAUGGGGUGGGUGACAUGAUGCAUGCUUCAGAUGAAGAGUUCAUUCGAGAUGAGGAAGUCAUCGAGUUCUUCGACAGUAUCAACUGCCCCGCACUUAUAGGGAAACCUAAACUUUUCAUCUUUCAGCACUGUCGUGGGCCAGGAGAACACAUCGCGAUUACCAAAGCAACGACUGAUUCCAAAUGUAAGGGUGAAACUUCUGUUCAAGUGAAAUACAUUCGGAGGAAAAUAUCUGAUGUUUAUAUUUGCUAUUCAACUAUACCGGGCUUUGUGUCCUAUAGGUAUGACCAUCAUGGGUCCCCUUAUAUCAACACAAUCUGUAGAGUUUUCAUGGAGGAAGCUCACCGCACAGAAUUGGAUGGUCUUAUGAAACAAGUAGAAAGAGCACUCCCAGAGGCACAAGGCGCAGAAAUACGAAAAUUGAUGUUCAAGUGGGAUUUUUAUUUCAAUCCGUAUUCCAGAGAAGAGAGAAAUUCAGUAAGAAGUAGAGACGCCUUGGAUAACGGGGAGACCUACAGGACCACAAGCUCACCAAGGGGCCAUGUCCUCAUUAUUAACGAUCUUGAAGGUUGUGAGGAAGAUAUCGAGAAAUUACAAGAAAUUUUCAGAACACUUGGAUUCAACGUUCUCCCGCCCUGCAGAAAUCUCAUGAAGGAAGAGAUGAAGAAAAUACUUUGCGACUUUUCCAAAAGACAUCACCAUGAUUCGGCAGUUGUCAUAUUCUAUGGGGCAGGGAACGGGGACUACCUAGUGUCAAGUGACCAGAUAGCAACAAGUUUUGGGGAGUUCACAAGAAUGUUUAAUGAUAUCAACUGUCCAAACCUAGCUGGAAAGCCAAAACUGUUCAUUCUGAAUACGUGCUUCACUGAAGAUGUCAGGCCAGAGGAGUUACAUAACAGUGAAAUGGAGGUUACAGAGUUGAGUUACCAGCAAGGUAUAGAUGAGCAAACUGGGCUGAGUAUAGAUGGAAACACCGAGUUAGACAUGGCACAAAGCACACUGUAUAUUCCUGGUGAGCGUGAUAUGUAUCUGUUAAUUGUAGAAGUUGAUGGACAAUGUAAUGAAGAUCAUUGUUAACAAAAGCAUUGUACCAGGUUCUUCUCAAACAUGCCUGUGACAAAGA